GUGGAGCGGCCGCAGAGGGUGCCACCGCCCUAGGCGAGGUCGGGCCGCCCUGCGCAGAAGAACCGCCCCCUGCAGCAUCACCACCGCUUAGUAGAGAAGCCCAGGCCCUGCCCGGGACGGCAGCCGCACCAUGGAUCCCAUCAGUUCACCCAGCUCCUGCUUCUCCGUCGGCUCCCCCAGUCCCAGCGGCGUCGUGCUCCUCUACUCGAAGGAACUCAAAAAGUGGGACGAGUUUGAAGAUAUUUUAGAGGAAAGGAGGCAUGUUAGUGAUUUGAAGUUUGCCAUGAAGUGCUACACACCCCUUCUUUAUAAGGGAAUAACUCCUUGCAAGCCAAGUGAUAUUAAAGGCAGUGUUCUCAAUUCUGAAGAGAUCCACUAUGUCAUUAAACAGCUUUCCAAGGAAUCUCUUCAGUCUGCUGAUGUCCUCCGAGAGGAAGCUUGUGAGAUCUUGGAUGAAAUGAGUCACAAACUGCGUCUGGGAGCAAUCCGGCUUUUUGCCUUCGCCCUCAGCAAAAUAUUCAAGCAGAUUUUCUCGAAGGUGUGCGUAAAUGAAGAAGGUAUCCAGAAACUGCAGCGAGCCAUCCAGGAGCACCCUGUCGUCCUGCUGCCUAGCCACCGAAGCUACAUCGACUUCCUGAUGUUGUCCUUUCUCUUGUACAACUACGAUCUGCCUGUGCCCGUCAUAGCGGCAGGAACAGACUUCCUGGGAAUGAAGAUGGUUGGCGAGCUGCUACGGAUGUCGGGUGCCUUUUUCAUGCGGCGCACCUUUGGUGGCAACAAACUCUACUGGGCUGUGUUCUCUGAAUAUGUGCGAACCAUGCUGCGGAACGGUUAUGCUCCUGUUGAAUUUUUCCUCGAGGGGACAAGAAGUCGCUCUGCCAAAACAUUGACUCCUAAAUUUGGUCUUCUAAACAUUGUGAUGGAACCAUUUUUUAAAAGAGAAGUUUUCGAUACCUACCUUGUCCCAAUUAGCAUCAGUUAUGAUAAGAUAUUGGAAGAAACUCUUUAUGUGUAUGAGCUCCUAGGGGUUCCUAAGCCCAGAGAAUCUACAACUGGCUUGUUAAAAGCCAGGAGGAUUCUCUCUGAAAAUUUUGGAAACAUCCACGUAUACUUCGGAGACCCUGUGUCCCUUCGCUCUCUGGCCGCUGGGAGGAUGAGUCGGAGCCCAUACCACUUGGUCCCAAGGUAUAUUCCGCAGAGACAGUCCGAGGACAUGCAUGCGUUUGUCACUGAAGUCGCCUACAAAAUGCAGCUGCUGCAAAUUCAAAACUUGGUUCUGAGCCCGUGGGCCCUAACAGUCACUGUUCUGCUUCAGAACCGGCCAUCCAUGGACUUGGACGCCCUGGUAGAGAAGACGUUAUGGCUGAAAGGCUUAACCCAGGCAUUCGGAGGGUUUCUCGUCUGGCCUGAUAAUGAGCCCCCCGAGGAAGUGGUGCAGUCUGGCAUCCUUCUGCAUUCCAACAUCGCCAGCCUCGUCCGGGACCAGGUGAUCCUGAGAGUGGACUGCGGAGACUCGGAAGUGGUGGACGGGCUUAUUUUCCAGCACAUCACACUCCUCAUGUGCUCAGCGUAUAGGAACCAGCUGCUCAACGUGUUUGUCCGCCCCUCCUUAGUAGCUGUGGCACUGCAGAUGACACCUGGGCUCAGGAAAGAGGAUGUCUACAGUUGCUUUCGCUUCCUGCACGAUGUUUUUUCAGACGAGUUCAUCUUCCUUCCAGGAAACACUCUGAAGGACUUCGAAGAAGGCUGUUACCUUCUUUGUAAAAGUGAGACCAUACAGGUGACUGCGAGAGACAUCCUCAUUAUUGAGAAGGGAAACACCGUGUUAGAGUUUUUAGUAAGACUCUUUAACCCUUUCGUGGAGUGUUACCAGAUAAUUUGCAAAUACCUCUUGAGUGAAGAAGAGGACUACUUCACUGAGAAGCAGUACUUGGCUGCAGUCAGAAAGUUCACAAGUCAGCUUCUCGAUCAAGGUGCCUCUCAGUGUUAUGAUGUGUUAUCUUCUGAUGUGCAGAAAAAUGCCUUAGCAGCUUUUGUGAGGCUUGGUGCAGUACAGAAGAAGAAGGUAAAUAAUGACUGUAUAUUUAAUGUGAAUGAACCUGCCACAACUAAAUUAGAAGAAAUGCUUGGUUGUAAGAAGCCCGUAGGAAAGCCAGCCAUUGCAAAACUUUAAUAAUCGCCAAACGGUUGUGGACAGUUCAGUCAUGUAAUUACUGUCAUCCAAGGACUCUUAUUACAGAAAGCGGAAGUGAAGAAAGAGACGCUUCUCCUUGCACUGCCUAACCAGAGAGCAGUGGGCUCAUGGAGAGGAAGAGAUGACCAGCGUAAGCCAUCAGAGCAAUCUCCCUGCCACAGCAGCUAACGGCAUUUGUAUCCAAGUCUGCGUGUGUUCUAAAAUAAACAGUCUUUUGGAAACAUGUUUGGAAAAGCCAAGCCCAGCUCCUGUUUCACGAACACUUUUCAACUUACUGUCUGUGUAGAAAUGUGUUGACUUCUGAACACUGAAGCCUGUGGCUGUUGAAAGAGAACACUGGGAAAAGUAGAUCUUGUGUUUUACUUUAAUUAAAGUUUCUUCAAACAAGUACAGGUUUGACAGAGUUAAAUGAACUUACUUUACAUUUUGCCACCUAAAGACCUUAAUGAACAAAAGUAAAUUAAUCCAA